GUCCCUUGAUGUGGAGGUCAGUUAGACGCGCACUGUUGCAGACAGACAAAACAUAUUGCAGUUGACCAUAACAGCCUUAUACAGAGUACACCGUUUGAAGACCAAUUCUAUUCAAUGUGAGCUUAUUCGAAAGCACCUUCUUCUUAACGCGCUCUGUGAGGGGCGUAUUUUGAGACGAAGGGAGGUUGCGCAUUGAACGCAGCGUCGUAAACUAUUUUGCUAUCCAGCCCCAGCCAAAGGUUUGUGGAUUUUAUUUGUUCGUUUGCACACCCGUUCAAAUCCACUUUUCAACUGUGCGCCUUUUUGGUUAACACAAUUUGAACUCUAACAGAGAGGUGAACAUGGGUUUAUUUAUUUUGGACAAGCGCGGAAAGGUGAAGGAUAACGCCAUAUGUUUAUUGUAACGGAUAAUAAUAACGGACAUUUGGACUUGAUGGCCAAAGAGCCUUGACAACUGUUGAUGGUUACUGUUGUGUUUGUUCUUCGAUGAAUUUUCACAAUGACAGGUGACCAGCUGUUGAAUCUCCGAGGAAAACUCUCCUCAUUUUCUCUCUGGCUAUCUCUGCUCUCUAUCCCCGCAGCCUCCGACUCUAUUUCACCAGAGUUUCUAUCCUGAACCUGUUUGUUAUUUUACACGAUAAACAUUACGAUGGAUAAUGAGGAAUGUGUAAUUUGUUACAUAAUAAAACGAUGCGGCGAGUUCCCAGCACCUGUUGAACAGUGACAAGCCUACAUUAUGGCCUACCGGAGCGGCUGCUGUUGUGGCUUCGGUCCCUUCAACGAGGAUAACGCCAGGUUCCUAAUGUUAGCGGUGUUUAUAAUCCUCUACCUCCUCUGCGGUGCCGCUGUCUUUUCAGCACUGGAACAGCCGAUGGAAGCAGAGGCGAAGGACCGCUGGGCGCAGCGUUUUGAACAGUUUAGCCAAAAGAAUAACCUGAGCAAGAAGGAGCUGGACAACUUCUUGAGGAACUACGAGGAGGCGAACUUGGCCGGGAUUCGCGUGGACACUAUCAGACCUCGGUGGGAUUUUACCGGCGCGUUCUACUUCGUGGGGACUGUGGUCUCGACCAUAGGGUUUGGAAUGACGACGCCAGCGACCAUCAGUGGUAAGAUCUUCCUCAUCUUCUACGGCCUGAUCGGCUGUGCCUCGACCAUCUUGUUCUUCAACCUCUUCCUAGAGCGCGUCAUCACCGUCAUCGCCUUCGUCCUCAAGUCCUGCCACGAGCGUCGCCACCUUCGCAAGGCCGUGCUUCCGCAAAAUGGCCGCCGACGCCUCUCCGAGGGCAGCGGAAGAGGCGGCAGGGGAGAGGGGCUGGCUGGGUGGAAGCCCUCGGUGUACUGUGUGAUGUUGAUCCUGGGCGCCGCCGCCAUCUUGGUAUCCUGCUGUGCCUCGGCCAUGUACUCUGCUGUAGAAGGCUGGGGCUACCUGGAUUCUCUGUACUACUGCUUCGUAGCGUUCAGCACCAUUGGGUUUGGGGACAUGGUGAGCAGCCAGAUGUUUGCGUACGACGAGGGGAAUGAGAGCCAGACGGCGUACCGGGUGGGUAACUUCCUGUUUAUUCUGACAGGAGUUUGCUGUAUCUACUCCCUGUUCAACGUCAUCUCCAUCGUCAUCAAACAGGUGCUGAACUGGCUGCUGAGGAGGCUGGAGGUGCCAUGUCGCUGCCCAGGGAGGGGGCGCCACCAACCGCACCCCAGACACCCCCGCAGGAACGUGGUAGUGCCCGGACACCUGAGGGCCAGGCGGGACCUGUCCAUCGAGACGGACGCGGUGAACGACAGCGAGGCGGACGGACGGAGGAUGUCUGGAGAGAUGAUCUCCAUGAAAGACUUCUUGGCUGCCAAUAAGGUGAACCUGGCCAUCAUGCAGAAGCAGCUGUCAGAGAUGGCUAACGGUCACCCUCGCCAGUCAAGCUCCAGCUCCCGCCACAAUGGCUUCUCCGGAGGGGUGGGCGCCCUGGGCAUCAUGAACAACCGCCUGGCAGAGACCAGCGUGGACAGAUAGGCCUACACCUACGUAUACACAUAAGUCAGACUGAUUGACUGGCCAGAGAGACAGUCACAAGAAAUCAGGACUUCCUCUAAAAAUACAUUGGUUUUAAUUGAACAAAUAGAGAAAUGUACAAUACCCAACUCAAUUCCAGGAGAAUAAUUGACCCCAUGACCCAAUUGGCCAGGCCACAUCAGUUCAGAAUAUGUCACGUACACCCGCACAUCCAAUCAAGCUGCGAAGGGAAAGGAAGUGCAGUGGCAUUCAGUGUGCAAGAAGUUUGCCGUUUCAUAACUGUAGGGACAAUGAAAUACAAUACGUCUGCCCUACUUAAUCAAGCUGUCCAUCGCAGGAGAAUAAUUGACCUGAAGUACCAACCUAUACCGCAACGAGGUUCCACUGUAAGAGAACUCUGCCUGCCGCCACCCAUUCUUCUCUGAUGCAUGCUGGUUCAUCAGGCAGUGUCUAUGUGCGUGCGUGCAUGAGUGUGUUGGUGUGCGCGCGUCUCCUUCACCCACAUCUGGAUCACAACCAACUGUAGCUACUGCUGGAAUCUGGUGGUUAGUUACUGAGGCAGUUUCCAUGGUGACACGACAGAAUACAGAAAGCUACCCAAAGACAUUGUAGCUGAGUGGUUUCAAACUACCCUAUGGUAUUCUUCAUAUCACUAGCGAAUAACAGCUAGCCAACAGACUGCUCAUCACCACGACUACAAACACCCUAUACUGUCAUCUUGAUCAAGAAGACCCAACGCUCGCCUGCUUUUCAGAGAAAACACCUAGAGGAGAAGUAGCCUUCUGAGAAAAAUACUGAAUUUCCACUGUGUGUAAGAAACCGCAACCAAUCUAUAAGGGGAGACAGCCUUAUGAAAAGGCAGGCAAGACUUCUAGAGACAGCUGAAUGUGGCAAACAGAAACACUGUCUAAAUACCAUGCUUCUGUCUGAGUGGUUAUGGCUACAGACUUGUUAUGUUCAUCAGCUGUAAUGGGUUUUCUAUUGCACUGCCACCUCUAACUUGUUAUCUGUUAUGUUUGAGACAUAGUGCAAUGGACAAUAACACCCAGCACAGCACAGCACUGCACCAUUACAAACUAAUGGAUAUCUAUUUAUUCUAUCCAAAAUGAAAAACAGCGUAUUAUCCGAGGGCUGUUAUCUUGCUGUUUCACCACACUAUGUGGAAGCACCAUAAGACAGCAGCAUACGGACUCUAACAAUGAAGUAUCACUCUUUUGUCCAUAUCUAUCUGGACCUGGCCAGCAUGCUCAUAUUAAUGCUAUGAAAAACAAGUCUCUCUCUAAGGUUAUUUCAGGGCCUUUUUCUCAUUCUUUCCAUGACAGAGGUGUUAUGUUCUCAUUCUAUUCUGAAACUGGAACGACAGAAAGAGAGAGACAAGUGAGAAAGGGAUCUGUGAGAAAAAAAAAUGGCCGGUUGGGUGAAAGACAAAACGGUGAAGUAGAAAUGGACAGAUCUGUGAAAAGGAGAGCCAGUUUUGGGGAAAGAAAGCAGUAAUGAGCAGAAAGGGAGAGAGAGAGAGAGAGGGAGAGAGAGAGAGAGAGAGAGAAGAGCAGAACUGUUCAGAUCACAGUCUACAUUAUGGAUUGGGUUGGAGCAGGGGCGACAUACGCCUCUUCACACGCCUUGUUGAACGCACCGGAGAAGAUGCUCAAAUUAUACAUGGUGCUAGUGAGACAGACUCCUACAGAUUUACGUCACAGCGAGCUUUCGUGCUGAAUGUCUCAAUACCCAGCUAGUUAUUCCGAAAAGCCGUAGAGAAAAGAAAAAGCCCAUUUAUCAUGUCUUCCCUGUUACCUCUAAUAACGCACUACAGUGGAGAAGCAGUAUAACAGGUGUGGCGGUCUGAAUACAGCAUAGCCCACAGUAUGAGUCAGCAAAUUAAUGUGACCUGAUCUUUUUGUACCAAAUGGUGAUCUAAUUUCAUGUCACGAUUUGAAACGGUGGUACAGUAUAUUAUUGAGAACUCUGCUACUUAUUGUCACUAGCAGAUUUGUUUUUGAAACAACCAAUGUAUCAUUGGGUGACUAUACUGUUGACAAAGAAAUUACAACUAACUGUAGAGUACUGACAAGAAUGUGACAGAAAAAAAUAUGGAUACGCCUGAAAUUAUCUUGUCUGGUGGUCUUGUUUGUAUGUUGUCCCGUUGGGACAAAAUUUAUCACAGAGAGAACAGUAGUUGGCUAGCCACUACCAGGCUUUCACCAACAUGAGCGAGACCUGGGAGCCGAGGCUAGUAGUUGCCUAUUGUCCCUCAGGAGGGAGGCAGAGAGAGGGUGAGUGAGCCUCUUCACCGCUGCCAAGCAAACAGGAGGUGUGAGAAGAGAAGGUGACUCACUGCGUUAUUCAAAGCUCCUGGCAAAUCACAUGUAGUCACAAUAGCUCUUUGUGGAGUUCCUAGCUGGAGUUGAGUGUUAAGUGGCUGCCCCUCACUAUUCCCUUUAUGCCCAUUCCCAAGAACACUGCCGCCACACUGGAUAAACACAUAUAGCUAACAUAAAUACAGAUGACUUGAGAUAUGACGAAAUAGAGAUGAGGUGUUGAAAAGCUAGAGACUGGAGAUGUUCUUCCUAUUGGGGCCAUGGGGUUGUAAUGUCCCUGCACGUGUAACAACAAGAAUGUUAAAAGGUGCUGGCAUACUAGAGCUAGAUAGGCUAUUUUGAGUCUGGUGUGGUUAAUGCUUGUCCGGGGUAAAACAGUCUUACAAAGGCUCUUGAAUUAGACCAGACAGAUGCACAUGAGGUGAUGACUGGCGUAGAAAGACUGGCUUAUUCAUUAGAUUAGUAAAACCUCAGUCAUCAUGUGAAUAGGAGUAAAUUGCUGCAACAAGAAGUAUAUCAAUCACAAUCCCAUUAUGAAGCAUGUGCGAAUGAGGGUGAGCGCAGAGAGCUGAGAGAAAUGGUGGGAGUUGUGCAUAAUCUCAAUGGCUUAUGAGAGCUCCCAUGUGGCUAUUGGGUAGAAGUGAAUUAGGAUACAGUAUGAUUAACAUACGGUAUCUGUGAGUCAUCAUCUCAAUUCAAUGCAUAGGCCUAGUCGAGUAAAUAGUCACAUCCGGCUUUCACUCCAAAUCAAGGCCUGGCAAAGAAGCAAAAGAAUAAUCAGAUAUUCAGCCUCUAAACAUUUAAUCCACUUUUUUUGUUACAGUAUGUGCCAAGAGGAAGUCAUAAAUCGGUAUAAUAGAUUGGGGGUCAAAGCCAAAGAACAUGAAGUUGAUCAAUCCCAAUCGAGAGAGGAGCUGAUUUAUUUUGUUUAUGACAGUAAAACAUUCUCAUGGCUAUAACAUUUGUUAGCGCCUUCAAUUCUUGCACAUUUUAUCAUAAAAAUGUAUAUUUCAACACCGAACUGCUAAACUUGGAACCAAUCAGAACUCCUGUACAUACCCCUUGUGAUCAAUGCAGCCAAUGGCCUGCUCCUAAGAUGUAAACAGAGCCUGGUGAAAACUCAAGCUGCUGUCUGUCUGUCUGUGUGUGAUGAGCUCCCAAAGACUGAAAUAAGAUACAUAUGUUUUCGAGUGCACUUGAAAUAUGCAGCAUGCAAUAUGAAUUCUCUUGAUCGUACGAAGACGCAACUCCGUUGACCAUUUUACCAAUUUAGUGAAAGUUAGCCAAUGUUAGUUUGACUAGCCUAGCCAGCUACUGUAACCGUCAAUGUGCCUGCUCAGGAGGCUAGUGUUUCAUUAGCUGUCUCUCUGUCAGUGAAUGACAUUUUUCGAACCAUGUUUUGUCAUGAUUAUUUGUCUCAUUUCAAGUAACUAUCUGCAGGCUUGAAGAAACAUUAAAUCAUAUACCUUGCAAACCCAAAUAAAAGCAUGUACGUAGA